CAUAGCUUUAAUUUCCUCCUUCAUCCCCUAUCUUUGGAGUGGUAUCAUCUGCUGCUCUUAUGGCUGUUAGCAGUAGUUGGUGUACAAAUGGAUCCUGUCUUCAUAUGCGUGUGAUGCUGAUUGGGCUCCUCCUCUUGUGCAUGAGAGCCAUCCCCUUGUGUCUCUGCUGCACAGAGAGUGAAAGAAGAGCUUUGCUUGCCAUCAAAGCAGACAUCUACGAUCCUGACCGAUGGCUCUCUUCUUGGGGAGGCCAAGACUGCUGCCGAUGGAGAGGAGUCGGCUGCGACAAUAACACCGAUCAUGUGGUAAAGCUCGAUCUCAGGUACCCCUAUGACUAUGUUGCCCAGCUAGAAACUGGAAAGUUCCCAGGUCCAAGUAAGGUAAAUCCUUCUUUGCUUGACUUGACGCAUUUGAAAUAUCUGGAUUUGAGCCUGAACAAUUUCUCUGGAGCACCCAUCCCAAAAUUCAUUGGUUUCCUUGUGCACUUGGAAUAUCUUAACCUCUCCAAUGCUAAUUUUGGCGGAUCCAUUCCACCCGAGCUUGGAAAUCUCUCCUGCUUGCUCUUCCUUGAUCUUCAUUCGGGUUAUUAUUAUCAUUAUUUUUAUAAUAUUAUUAAUAUAUGCUUUUUAUAUGCCGACGAACUUCACUGGCUCUCCCGCAUCCAUUCUCUGCAGUUCCUUGACAUGAGUCUUGUCAACCUCUCCAUGGCAGCCAACUGGCUUCAUGAGAUUAACAUGCUCCCUUCUUUGUUGGAGUUGCAUUUGUUUGGUGCCGACCUCCCUUCUAUCCCUGGUACUCUAUCCCACGUCAAUCUCACGUCUCUUAGAGUGCUUGAUCUUUCUCAAAAUGACCACAUCAAUACUAUUGUAUCCCCCUUGUUGUUCAAUAUUAGCAGCAGCCUUGUGCACCUCGGUCUUAGAGAAUGUGAUUUCUCUGAUAGGCUACUUAUUGCCAUAGGGGAUCUACGCAACUUGCAGCAUUUAGAUUUGUUAGAUAACCAAAUAACCAAAAAGAUUUUUCAGAACUUGGGAAACCUCAGCCACUUGGAGUAUUUAGACUUGUACGGUAACCAAAUUACUGCAGAUAUUUCGGAAAUGCUACCAAAACUUGGCCACUUGAAGUGUUUAGAUCUGUCAUCCAAUAAUAUCAGUGGGCACAUUCCAGAAAAGUUGGGAAGCCUCAACCACCUGGUGAGUUUAUUGAUGGGCGGGAAUCGAAUCACUGGUGCUAUACCAAAGAGCAUUGGGAAUCUUCACAGCUUGGUGGAAUUAGAUUUGUCGGCAAACAAUUUAAGUGGUCAUAUACCAAAAAGCAUUGGGAACCUUGUACACCUACAAACGUUAUUAUUAGAAGGUAACAAGAUUACUGGAGAGAUACCAAAAACUAUUGGGAACCUCGUACAACUGCAACAAAUAUAUUUAGCAGGUAACAUGAUUAGCGGAGAUAUACCAAGAUCUAUAGGGAAUAUUUGCAAGUUGAACCUGCUAGAUAUAUCUCAGAACAAUAUUAAUGGAGAAAUUGCAGAUAUCAUAGAAGAUUGGUCUAAAUGCAUCAAAAAUACACGGGAUACAAACAGCCCUUUAUACGGUCUAACAUUUCUAGACAUGAGUUCCAACAACUUGAGUGGGGUAUUUCCAGAAAGUCUAGGUCAGCUUUCUACACUCCGCACAUUGAAUGUAUCUCAUAAUAGCAUGACAGGAAAACUGCCAACUUCUUUGAGAGGCCAGCAAUAUGGAUUCAUUGACAUAAGUUCCAACAACUUUAACGGUCGACUACCUGACUUGGACCCUUCUCGUCUAUCUGUCAUAAAUCUAUCCAACAAUUCAUUUGAGGGACCUAUUCCCUUGAGCUUUGCUAGAGCUAUGGAACUCAAUUUUCUUUUGUUAUCCGACAAUUACAUCAAUGGCAGCAUUCACCCGUUCAUUUGCAAUCUCACUAAUCUGGUUGUUCUUGAUUUGUCCAAUAACAACUUGUCUGGAAGACUUCCAAAUUGCUGGCAUAAAUCAAAGCUAGGGAUAGUUGACUCACAACAAGACAACAUGUUAGGGCAUUCUCAAGGCUCCAUGGCUGGUCCUAUUAACCUCCAAUCAUUGCACAUGAGAAACAAUAGUCUCUCUGGAGAUCUUCCAUUAUUCCUGAGAUAUUGUAAGCAACUGGCGACUCUUGAUCUUAGCGAAAACAAGUUCUCAGGUAAUCUUCCAUUAUGGAUUGGAGAAAGCUUCGUGCAAUUGAGAGUUCUUUCUUUGCGAUCAAAUUUCUUCAGUGGUAAUAUACCGGAGCAACUAUCAUAUAUUACUUCUCUUCAAGUUUUGGACCUUGCUUGCAAUAAUUUCUCAGGUGUUUUGCCUCCAUCUUUUGGAAAAUUCAGUGCAAUGAUGGCAAUAGAGAAUGUGGACAGACCGAUGAUUUCAGGAAGCUACACCUUUUAUUAUACAGAGAACUUACUAAUGGCCACAAAGGGAAUAGAAAUGGAAUACACUAACAUGCUUUCACUUGUAACGAGCAUAGACCUCUCGCACAACAAUCUUUUUGGAAUGAUUCCUGAAGAACUGGUGAAUCUUCGAGGACUGUUUUUCUUGAACCUCUGUAAUAAUCACUUCACAGGAAGGAUCCCAGAAAAUAUCGGCGCCUUGGAGCAGUUAGAAUCACUUGAUCUGUCAGUGAAUAAUCUCUCGGGCAUGAUUCCCUCAACACUAUCCUCUAUGUAUUCUUUAAGUCACUUGAACUUGUCCAAUAACAAUUUGUCAGGAAGUAUUCCUUGGGGCAAGCAGCUGCAGACAUUCUGUGAUCCCUCUAUCUAUAGUGGAAAUCGUGAUCUUCAUGGAUGGCCAAUACCAUGGUGCUCUAAUAGAGGCUCUCCAGAAAGUUCAUUUCACACAAAAGGUCAAGAAGAGGAAUCUGAAAACGGAGACAAGUCCGAAAAGAUAUGGCUUUAUGUUAGCUUUGCACUGGGCUUUGUUGUGGGGCUCUCGGGGUUCAUCUAUGCACUUAUGAUCCAACGAGCUCUAAGGAUUACUUAUUUCCAAUUGAUUGACAAGAUUUUUGAUUACAUCUACGUGCAAUUAGCCAUAUGCUUUGCUAAGCUGAAGCGCAUUUUGAUGAACAACAUCGAAGGAUGAGGUCAAACCAUAAAGAAGAUUGUAUUGUAAUUUAUAUAUCCAUGUAAAAGUUUUUAGUUUGGAUUAUUUUCUAUGUUUGAAUGGUCGAGUACCAUUGUUGUAGUAACACUUACAAAAAUAACUGCCCACUUAUGCCACACAAUCUUGGUACUCAAGAGUAUUAUAAUUACAAAUAAUUUGCAACGCUUUCGGAUUGUUUGAUAUUUUAUUCUUAUGAAUGGCCUUAAGUGAUACCCGAGAUCUUUUUUA